AUGGUCUCCACAAAGCGGCCAGAGGGUCAGGGCUACCAAGCCAGAGGGCCCCCGGGAAGAGAUCAGCACAAACUGGUGCAGGAGCCCCUCAUGGAGCCCCCAGGCAAGCAGUCCCUGCAGGAGCGCCCCACAGAAGAGUCCCUGCCUGAGGACUCAGGCCUGGAGGGGGCUCCCAGCACGCAUAUGCUCUACGUGGGCCACCUAAACCCCCAGUUCUCAGUGCCGGUGCUCGCCUGCCUGCUCCGAGACACCCUGGAGCGGCUGGAGCUGCCAGUGGCGCGGGAGCACAUCGAGGUGGUGAGGCGGCCGCGGAAGGCCUAUGCCCUGGUGCAGGUGGCCACCCCUGAGGACACCCUGGCCUCCCUCCGCUGCCGCCUGCAAACAGCCUUGGAGGAGCACCAGAUCAUCAGGGAGCUGGUGGCCCGCGGGAAGGAGCUGGUGUUGGGAGACGGCUGUGAGCCCACACACCACAGAGAGCAGGAGGAGAACAGAGACCCGAGCCCUGGCCCCAGCCCCGGACCCAGCCCGGGCUCUAGCCGCCCACCUGCCAGGCACACCAACGCCCCGCCGGCCCAGGCCCUGGGGUGGCCUAGCUCCAUGCACCAACCCAGCUGCACACGCUCGGACAGCGCCAUCGUGCACCAGGAGAUCCAGGGCCAGGAGAGGCUUUUCCAGGGCGCCUUCCUGGGUAGUGAGACGCGCAACAUGGAGUUCAAGAGGGGCGGCGGCGAGUACCUGAACCUGGCCUUCAAGCACCACCUGCGGCGCUACGUGUGUGCCUUCCUCAACAGCGAGGGUGGCAGCCUGCUGGUGGGCGUGGAGGACAGCGGGCUCGUGCGGGGCAUCCGCUGCAGCCACCACGAGGAGGACCGCGUGCGCCUGCUGGUGGACUCUGUCCUGCAGGGCUUCAGGCCGCAGGUCUUCCCUGACGCCUACACGCUCACUUUCAUCCCAGUGGUCACCACCUCCACCAGCGGCAUGCCCCUCAAGGUGAUCCGCCUGAGCGUGCACGCCCCGAAGGCCCAGGCGGAGCCGCAGCUCUACGAGACAGACCUAGGGGAGGUGUUCCUGCGCCGUGAGGGGAGCAUCCAGGGCCCGCUGGCCGUCCACGCCAUCCAGGAGUGGUGCAGACAGAAGUGGGCAGCAGAGCUGAGCAAGCUGGAGGAGAGAGUGACGGUGCUGACGGCCGAGAAGGAGGAGCUCCAGCAGAGGCUGCAGCAGCACAGGCCCAUCUCCUGCACCUGCUGCGUCCUGUGAGGGCCCCGUGGGCAGGCGAGCGCAGGGAUGAAGCUGGCACUCACCCUGGGAGAUACAGGGAUUGCCUAUUUGAGCCAAAGACCUCCCAAUAAACCCAUCUGGCUGCUCAGAGGGGGACGGGAGCACCAGGCUUCCUUGCUCCUUCAGCAGCAUUGCAUACAGAGGCUGGUCCCACGUGGCUUCAAUCCUGAGCAGACUCCGGGCUGUGUAGCUAAUAAAUUGCUCUUAGCAUGAGCCCCGAGGAACCUCACCUUCAGAAAGAACCUGUAAAAACUUGGCCAGGCUAUCCUGGGGCUGGGCUAGAAGGGGCUGUCCCUGUCCCUGUCCCUAAGAUGCUCAUCUUGCCCAGGCUGCGGUCUGUUGACUCCAGUUGGCUAGACAGGGUCAGAAAGGAACUUGUUAUCUUGGGAAAUGCCCUCUGCUGAUGGCAAGGCACCUCAGUUACAGA